AUGAGUUCUCGCCGCAGUGGAAUUAAGCAGGAAGAGGCCGAUCCAAGACAAGAAAUCAUAGAAAAGAAUCACCAAGAAGAAAUCGAAAAGGCCUUCCAUACAUUUGAUACAAACAACUCAAAUACACUCGAUAAACAUGAAUUCAGAUACGCAUUUCGUUCACUUGGCUUUGAAAUGACAAAAACAAAGACAGAUAAGUACUUUGAGCACUAUGAAUGCCUCAAAGAUGGAAUGCCAUUCAAAAUUUUCCAAAAGAUUGCUCUCAAACAAUACGGCGAGCAAACACGUAGAGAUGUAGUUGAGAAAGCAUUUGGACAGUUUGACUUUGAUAAGAACGCUAAGAUUGGCGUAAAAGAUAUUUUGGCUGCUUACCAUUUAGUUGGAGAAGACAAGACAGAAAAGCAAGUUGAAUAUUUAAUCAAGGAGUUCGAUGAGGAUGGUGAUGGUGAAUUAACUUACGAUGAAUUUUGUGAAAUCUUCUUCCCAACGAAAUAA